UAUAAAUAGGAAAGCUCACAAAUUUGUUAUGGAUAUAUGGGAAUUACGUUAACAACACUACCGUAUUAUUCAAGACAAGAAAAGGACAUUCAAAGCAGGACAUCCCUAAUUCAAUUUUGAUUUCCUUGUUUACAUAUAUUGAACCAUCCACCUCCUCCUCUUUCAUCAAACCGUCCAAAAUUCUCGGGUCUUGUCUGAUCUUUCUCCAACUCUGGGGUCCCAAACCCCCCAUGUUUUGAACAGAUUCAUUUGCCCAAAUCAAAACAGAAUCCAGUUUUUGCAAUGAUGGAAGAACGGGAAGACAGCGAGACAAAGCCACUUCAUCAGGAUGCAGGAGGUAGCCAUGUGAGAAGGAUUAACCCCAAGAAAGGUAUUCUGGAAAUGAUGUUAAGACCAAUACGAUGGUUAAGAAUGUUGAGUGAAGAGUUGCAUUGGAGCUUUGUGUUGGGAGUGGUGAUAGUUUACGGAAUCAGUCAGGGUUUUGGUGUUGGCUUGAGUAGAGUUAGCACACAGUACUACAUGAAAGAUGAGCAGAAGGUACAACCCUCUCAAGCGCAGGUCUUGAUUGGGAUAAUCCAUUUUCCUUGGAUUGUUAAGCCUCUUUGGGGCCUCCUUACUGAUAUUGUCCCCAUUCUUGGUUACCGGAGACGGCCUUAUUUCAUUUUUGCUGGGUUUCUUGGUGUGAUCUCAAUGCUAAUUCUAUCACUCCAUAAGAAUCUGCAUCUUGGUUUUGCCUUGUUAUCGCUGGUGGCAGGAAGUGCUGGUAUUGCAAUUGCUGAUGUGGCUAUUGAUGCCUGUGUCACACAACAUGCUAUAAGUCAUACUUACCUUGCUGGUGAUAUGCAGAGCUUGUGUGGGAUGAGCUCUUCUAUUGGAGCAUUGUUAGGAUUCUCGCUUAGUGGCUUCUUUGUUCACCUAGUUGGAGCUAAGGGUGUAUUUGGGUUGCUUGCAAUCCCUGCUAGCCUAGUUGUUUUGGUUGGAAUCUUGUUGAGAGAAUCCCAAGUGCGCAACUUUGCUUAUAGAAGAGUAAAGGAGAAAAUUGUAGAUGCUAGCAAGGCUAUGUGGACAACACUGAAAUGCCGGGAUGUUUGGCGACCGUGUUUAUACAUGUAUUUGUCUCUUGCACUAGGCUUACAUAUCCAUGAAGGGAUGUUCUACUGGUAUACAGAUGCAAAGGAGGGUCCAUCUUUCUCACAGGAAGUUGUUGGAUCCAUAUUCUCUGUUGGUGCCGUGGGCUCUCUUUUUGGGGUCCUUCUGUACCAAAACUUCUUGAAAAACCAUCCUUUUCGUGAUAUACUUUUUUGGGCCCAGCUGUUGCAUGGUGUUUCUGGAUUGCUGGAUUUGGUAUUGGUGUUGCGUAUAAAUUUGAAACUUGGUAUGCCAGAUUAUUUCUUUGUGGUGGUUGAUGAAGCAGUUUCUCGUAUGAUUGGGCGUAUUAAAUGGAUGCCUUUUCUCGUACUUAGCUCCAAGCUUUGCCCAUCUGGUAUAGAAGGCACUUUCUUCGCUCUAAUCAUGUCAAUUGAUCAUAUAGGAUUGCUUUCAUCAGCCUGGUCAGGAGGCCUAGUGCUCCACAUGUUGAAUGUUACACGUACACAAUUUGACAACCUUUGGAUAGCCAUUGUUAUCCGGAGCCUGUUAAGACUUAUUCCAAUCGGGUUCCUAUUUUUGAUACCUAGAAGUGAUCCGAACUUGUCCAUCCUUCCAUCUGAGAUGUUGAGGACAAAAAGGGGCAAUGAUGUACUUGAACCUGAGAAUAUUGAAAUGGCUACUCUUGUCAAUAGCAUCUGACUUGAACCUGGGCUGGUAUUUAAGGCAUAACCUCUCCAAAAGUGAACAUCGUUUUUCUUUUUGAGAAGUUAUUGUAACAAUUAUGUUUUAGAAUGUUUGAGACUUAGACAUGCGAGGACGUCUUCUUUUUUGUCCCUAUGCAGUAUUAUGUUUCCGGAGGUAUGGUUGCCUUUGAAUCAUUUGCUGAAGCAUCUGAACCUGUGCUCAAGGGAGUUCUUAUUAUCUGGAAAUUCUGGCUUUACUCAGUUGCCACUUUGCCUGUAGCAUUAGAAAUGUUGAGUCCGGACAGUUUCAAGAUAUGUUGCAGGUCCUCUCUCCAUCUGUCUCUCACUCUCUGCUUCAACUUAAUUGAUUUCAUCUGAUCUCUGAUUCUAGUGGUUAUGUGUGUAUUGUAUAAUAUGUGCAUUUCGGCUAAAAUGGCAAUGGAAUUAGUUACAUUGUCAUUGCUUUGUCAGAGACACAAACUGAUUUACACACUGAAAAUCUUUCUUCAUACAUUGAAAUAAAUAGUACAAGGAUAUUCAUUUAACAUGAAAAUUAAACUCUUGCCUCUGCUGUCGAAGUAGUGUUAUUUCUGGCAAUAGCUGCCAACCCCCCCAACCCCCAUUUUUAACAUUUACUAACCACUCAGGAAAUCUUGAGUGGCUAACAUAAUCUGUACCUUCAAUUCUCCCUGUGGAGUAAUAUGUAUAUAAUAUGAAUUAAGAAAGAUGGUAGGGUAUAGGUAUUGUUAAUUGCCAACACAUCACUUGGCUUAGAAAAGAUGAUGGUUAUAUGUGUAUAUAUAUAUAUAUAUAUGUAUCUCCAAAGCUGCCAACCAUUGCUAUUUUUUUCUGCUCAAGUAAAACUGCAACUUUCCUGCGCAAAUCCCAACUUAGACCCCUUUGUAU